UCGAUGAUGAACCGAUCAAUAAUACUCCAAACAAAAUACCUAGUACGAUCCAUGAAAUUACCUGAUGAUACUUUGCUCUCCAAAUUACUACCCCACUUGGAAACGUCUGCAAGCCACUCACAAUGGUACAAACUGACCAAGAACUCUUUAUGGAGAGAAUGCACCCGCUACUUGGAUGAUCUUACCAAAAGCAAGUUUAAGAGACUACAGCACGACUUUCUACAACAAUAUCAUGAAACACUCUGCACUGGCCCAAAUACUAAGCUGCUUGCCGCCUGUCGUCCAACGUUGACUCUAGAUCCUCUCCUUUGGUUGCCGAUGUCCAAAACCCAACGCAGUCAGGUUAUACGUUGGCGUCUUGGAUGGCUACCUGGUGGUAUACCUCGUCCCUGUAUAUAUCACCCUUUCGAACAUUUUACUCGUCACCAUGCCAUCAUCUGUCUCCACAUGCAUCAUCGGCUGUUAUUACCGACGUCGAUCGAAGAUCCUCUCUCUUUCUUACUGAAUCUCUUGCCUACUAAAAAACCAUCAACCGCACACCUUGCUGCUCCUUGGACGAUUCGAUGGCCAACGAUUUGUACAAUACUUCAUGAGAUGGAUCAUAUCUUCCAUGGAAAACUCCCUCCUGAACCUCCCACUGAUACUGGUGCUUCUCUCGUGAAUUGGUUGCUCAAAUAACAGUGUUCAUACUCCUGCACAAUCGCUGAAUUUUUCCUUUUUUACUAUCAACUUUUAUACUUUUUUCAUUUUCCCUCUUGUCUCUUAAGAGGUUUUUUCUUUCUUAUAUAUACUACUUGAACUGGCUCGGGCAAAAUCGCAGAUGAAAAAUGCACUGUGCCCUCCUG